GGUGUGUGUUGGGGACACCGCGGGGUCCUGACCCGUGUCCCCCUGUCCCCAGAGGUGCAGUGUCCCAAGGAGGCCUCGCGCAGGCGUCGCUCGCUGCCACUCGUGCAGUACAAAGGCACCAAAGCGUCCGAGUACCAGGACAAGGCUCUGCGGAAGUGCUGCGAGGACGGGAUGCGGGAGAUCCCGAUGGAUCACAGUUGUGAGCAGAGGAGCUCCUACAUCCAGGAGGGCGAGUCCUGCGUCCGCGCCUUCCUCGACUGCUGCAAGUACAUCCAGGGCAUCCGCCAGGAGAAGCGGCGCCAGAGCAAGAUCCAGCUGGCACGAAGGGUGGCCAUGAGACCACGGACGAGAGGGAUGCCCCCAUCCCCAGGCGAGGAGGACGAGGUGUUCCUGAGCGACGAGGCCAUCACCUCGCGGAGCCUCUUCCCCGAGAGUUGGCUGUGGCAGGUGGAGCAGCUGACGGAGGCCCCCAACGAUCUGGGGGUGUCGACGAAGACCCUGCCCGUGUACCUGAAGGACUCCAUCACCACCUGGGAGGUGCUGGCCGUCAGCCUCUCGCCCAACAAGGGGCUGUGUGUGGCCGACCCCUACGAGAUCACGGUGAGGAAGGAUUUCUUCAUCGACCUGCGCCUGCCCUACUCGGUGGUGAGGAACGAGCAGGUGGAGAUCCGAGCCAUCCUCUACAACUACUGGCCCCAGGAGAUCACCGUGCGAGUGGAGCUGGUUCACAACCCCGCCAUGUGCGGCCCCUCCACGGCCAAGCAGCGCUUCCAGCAGAUCCUGCGGAUCAAGGGCGGGUCCUCCCGCACCGUGUCCUUCGUGCUCGUGCCCCUCCAGCUGGGGCUGCACGACGUCGAGGUCAAGGCGGCCGUCAGGGACCUGUUCGCGGGCGACGGCGUCAAGAAGAAGCUGCGGGUGGUGGUGAGUGGCCCUCGGGUGGUGGUGAGUGGCCCCUGGGUGGUGAGUGACCUCCAGGUGGUGGUGAGUGGCCCUCAGGUGGUGGUGAGUGGCUCUCAGAUG